CCGCAUUAUUGUGUUCUUGACAGCCAUUGUCGGGUUGAAACGUCUUGGAAGGGCUAUAUUUAGACGACGUAGGGUCCUUGUCAGCAGCUAGAGAGAGACCCACACAAUCCUUUUCAAUAACCGACAGGCAUGGAUCGCGUACGCAUCCUAUUUGGCGCUCCGUCAUCGACCUCGACAUCGGUGACGUCGUCCGUGGAAGCUGCGGUGGCUGCGGUAUCAAUCAAGAUGCCCAAAGGCACGGCCGCGCCGAAAGAAGACACGAUGUCAGACAUGAGCUUUGGCUGCAAAUCUCUCACAAAGGUGCAGCGGUUGUAUGGGUUUGCCAUUUGCUUUUGCGCAGGCUACCUCAUCAACUUGAUGUCGACGUUCGUGUUGCUGGGAGGAUCUCGCAAUGGAGCCAAGUUUGGCAUCUUGUAUUCCAUCGGCAGUCUUGUGUCGCUCUGCGGCUCGGGGUUCUUGGCUGGCCCUGCCGAGCAAGUCAAAUCCAUGGCCAACCCCGUGCGCCGCGCCGCCACUGCCAUCUACCUUUGCUCGAUCGUGUUUGUGCUGGUGAUCGCCGUCACGAACCCGCAAUUGGGCCUGUUGAUUCUCUUUCUGGCCAUGGUGCAGUUCGGUGCUGCCGUGUGGUACAACGCCAGCUACAUCCCGUACGGCCGCAAACUGCUCAAAACUUUCGGGUCCAAAUGUCUCGGAAGCAUGCAGUAACAAUAAUGCGCUUGAUCGAGUUAGAACAUAACGUUACUAUCACUUAACACGAAACGAACGUCUCUAUCA